UACGCAUGCGCAGUGGAGCAGGGAGGGGAGCGUGUUUGUAAAGUUUGGAAACGAAGUGAAAAUCAGAAGUUUAGAGUCUGUAACAUCAGCGGCUCACUGACAGACAGACAGACAGACAGGCAGAGAGACAGACAGGGAGAGAGAGAGACAGGCACUGAGAGAGAGAACCCCGACAUCCAGGCGGACACACCGAGAGGUCGCACCGCUCCAAGCCGGGCCAAGGUGCGCGACCGCCGGCAUGAAGAUCGAGUUCGCCCCGCUGAACAUCCCGCUGCGCAGGAGGCUUCAGACCGCCGCCGUCCUGCAGUGGAUCUUCUCCUUCCUGGCUCUGGCUCAGUGCUGUCUCGCUGCCUUCGUCCUCCUGGCUCUCUCUGAUUGGUGGAUGGUCGCCCUGCUCUAUGCUGGUUGGCUGUGGUUGGACUGGGACACGCCCACCAGUGGGGGUCGGAGGUCACAGUGGGUCAGGAGCUGGACCGUCUGGGACUACUUCAGGGACUACUUCCCUAUCAGGCUCAUUAAAACAGUCGAUCUGGACCCAAAGAAAAACUACAUCUUUGGAUUUCAUCCACAUGGUGUCUUGGUAGCGGGGGGGUUUGGGAACUUCUGUACGGAGUCGACCGGUUUCUCUCGUCUGUUUCCUGGACUCAGACCUCACCUGCUGAUGCUGCCGUUCUGGUUCAGAGUCCCAGUCUUCAGAGACUACAUCAUGUGUGGAGGUCUGGUGUCGAGCUGUAAAUCCAGUCUGUCGUACCUGGUCAGUCGUCCUGAAGGAGGGAACGUUGCUGUCAUUGCGGUGGGCGGAGCUCCGGAGGCUCUGGACGCUCGGCCCGGGGCUUUAACUCUGCAGCUGCGAAACAGGAAGGGAUUCAUCAAACUGGCUCUCAAACACGGAGCUCAGCUGGUUCCAGUCUUUUCUUUCGGAGAGAACGAGCUGUUUGAUCAGAUGGAGAAUCCCACCGGCUCUCCUCUGAGGACGCUGCAGAACCGGCUGCAGAGCAUCAUGGGAGUGGCCAUGCCUCUGUUUCACGCCAGAGGAGUUUUCCAGUACAGCUUCGGCCUGAUGCCGUACAGGAAGUCCAUACACACCGUUGUGGGGAAGCCGGUCUCGGUCGCCCAGACUCCCAGUCCCAGCAGCGAGGACAUCGAGAGUCUUCAUAAACUUUACCUGCAGAGUUUGACCGACCUGUUCGAGCAGCACAAACACACCUACGGCCUCAGCAACGACCAGCACCUCACCUUCAUAUGACCUCAUUUAUCACCUGGUUAUACAACCAGUUUAUAAACACCUGAAUGUCACAUGACCAUCACACGACCGUCACGUGACUGUCAGCUGUUCAGGCUGUGGAUGUUAAACUGUUUUUAACUGACUGCUCCUCUGUUGGACAGCACCAUGCUAACACUGCUAGCAGAGCCCAUUGAUUUUAAUGGGGAUGCUAACACUGCUAGCAGAGCCCAUUGAUUUUAAUGGGGAUGCUAACACUGCUAAGAGAGUUUUCGUGCUGCGUUUAAAAGCGGUGUCUCUGUAAAGACGAGUGUUUGAUGUGUUUAUGUAAUAAAGUGACGUCACAUGAUGAUGAUGUAA